CUGGACUACGACAUCAUGUUGAUCAAGUUGGCCUCUCCUGCCACCCUCAACUCUUACGUCAAGACUGUGCCUUUGCUCACUGGUUGUGCCACUUCUGGCACCACCUGUCUGAUCUCUGGAUGGGGAAACACCCUCAGGAGUGGAACCAACUACCCUGACCUCCUGCAGUGCCUGAACGCCCCCAUCCUGACUGCCUCCCAGUGUAGCAGCGCCUACCCAGGAGAGAUCACCAGCAACAUGAUCUGUAUUGGAUACCUGGAAGGUGGCAAGGAUUCCUGCCAGGGUGACACAGGUGGACCUGUGGUCUGCAAUGGACAACUCCAUGGUGUUGUCUCCUGGGGAUAUGGCUGCGCCCUCAGGAAUUUUCCUGGGGUCUACACCAAGGUCUGCAACUUCAACUCCUGGAUCUCCAGCACCGUUGCCACUAACUAAAUCCUUCAGUCACCUAUUUUCUUGACCUAGUUCACCAAUCACAUCGAUAAAUGUGACAU